AUGGAUUUGUUAUUCCUUAGUCGGCGUAUUUUUUUGGGCGAUGGCAGCCAAGACGACGCAACACUGCAGGGCGGCAUUAUAGUGGAUACAGAGGGAAUAAUACGUAAAAUACUUCGUACACCCCAAGAGGUUAAUACUCAUCUAUACAAUACCGAAUCGGAGGCAGUAUACGAUUUUGGUGAUCUUGUCUUAAUGCCCGGUCUCAUCGAUACCAACGUACACAUCAAUGAGCCGGGACGUAAGGAUUGGGAGGGUUUUGUGACGGCUACGAAAAGUGCAGCGGCUGGAGGAUUCACCACAAUAAUCGACCGACCAACCAAUGCAUGUCCAACGACAAUCAGUGUGUCAGCUUUAAAGGCCAAAACAUCGACUGCAAGAGGUAAAAUCUACAUUGAUGUCGGUUUCUGGGGUGGUCUGGUGCCUGGCAAUAGAGAUCAACUGCAACCAUUGUUGGCCGCUGGUGUAAUGGGCUUGCAGUGUUCCCUCUGUAAUGCAGCUCCGCCAGUGGGCAAGGAGGAAUUUGCUGCCAUCACAGAAAGCGAACUGAAAGAAGCCAUCAACCUUGUUGAUAAUGAAGCCGAUGUGGUCUUAGCGUUUCAUGCCGAGUUGCCAGUCUUAAAAGAGAUAUCCGCAUCAGCGGAUUCCUCACCAAAGUGCUAUUCUACAUUUCUCACCACCCGACCCCAUGCAAUGGAGGUGAAUGCAAUCAAACUUAUCAGCCAGUUGGCCAUUCAAAAUGUUAGACAUCGUUUCCAUAUAUUGAAUUUAAGCAGUGCAAUGUGUUUACCACUUUUAAAGGACGCCCAACAAAAGGGGGCACAACUAACGACAGAAACGUGUCCGCACUAUCUUAGUCUAAGUGCUGAAGAGAUUCCCGAAUGUGGAACAGAAUAUAAGACCUGGCCACCCAUAAGAGAGAAGGCCAAUCAAGCUGCCCUUUGGCAGGAACUGAGAACAAACGGAAAGGGGGCAGAAGCAGAAGCAGAGGCAGGAGUCAUUUCAAUUAUUUCCAGUGAUCAUUCACCAGCUACGCCAGGUGCCCGUUGCCUAACCUAUGGCAAGGGUAGAGGAAAUUUCCUUCAAGCUUGGCCAGGCAUUAAUUCCCUUCAAUUGAGUUUGCCUGUCACAUGGACCGGAAGUAACGAACGAGAAAAAUGCCUCACUUUGGCCGAUAUACACAGACUUAUGUGUCUAGAGCCAGCUCAAUUGUGUGGCCUUUCGUCGUUCAAAGGACGCAUAUCCGAAGGCUAUGAUGCGGACUUUUGCAUUUGGAAUCCCGACGAAGAGUUCACAGUGGCUGCCGAAGAUUUGUUGGCCUCGAACAAGGCCACACCCUAUAAUAAGAGACGCCUAAAAGGCGUCGUACAUGCCACCGUAGUGCGUGGCCUACAUGUCUAUCAGCAAUACGAAGGUUUUGGUCAGCCCCUGGGUAAAGUUCUACUACGAAAAAGUCGCAACAAGGUGGUCAAGUUUGUCAGAAUGUGAGAAAUUCUCCACACAAAAUUCAUAUUUUUUAAGGGGAGCAAGCCGGGCGUGGGGUUAGCACAAAAACUUUGUUAAUUAAAUUCAUCAAGCUGGGCUAUGUCUGUUUUUUUGAUUUCGUUUUUUUGGCUUACAGCGAAUGAAAAUGCUUUUUCAUUCGCAUAUUUAAUGCUAAAAAUACACUAGAUAAUAUUUGCUUGCAGUUUUUAGAAUUUCCAAUUAAAAUAAAAAUAUGGUCGAAGCUCUUUUUUUUAUGAA